ACAGAUUAAUAAAAAAAAUAAUAAUUGUUUUAGAGAAGUUGGAUGACAAGAGGUAAAGAGAAUUAAAACAAAGUAAAAGGCCAAGGAGCAGGUGCACUGUGGUCACCCAGUAGGGUCGGUAUAGCCAAGGUUAGAACUAGCAGGCGCAUAUUUAAGUAACGGUGAAAUCAAUAUAUAUGCUAUAUUCAGUGUCAACUGCCAGAUCGUAGCUCCUUCCUAAUUGCGUCACGUGACGACGCUUCUGACCUCGUUGCGUCAUGUCAGGUCAUGCCUUGGACCCCCUAACAUCCCUAUUCGCCCAUUCUGCAACGUCAUCAUGACAUCUCAAAACUAUUUAAAAGCGCGUUCGUCACUUUUUUUCUCCGUAAAAUCGUGUCAGUCAUAAUUCGUGUGCCAACAAGUUUUGAAAAAGAUACCGCCGACUACUUGGUCUUUUGUUUAGGGGCCGAGUCAUAACUAUAUAACAACCUUUACCCGAGCGACGGUGUAGUCAGUUCGGCGUUAGCAUCCUGAGUGAUUGGUUGUGCGAGACCAUAAGAGCCCUAGCGAGCGAGUCUAGUACUAACUCCUCCUCCACGCGGAUAAUAACCACGAUAGAUGAUUCUUCAUUCCAAUCGCGAGAACUUGAAAGAGGAUUUUGUCAAAUGGAAAAAGCAAAAUACCAAAACGACAGUGAGCCAUACAUUCCCUCAUGGAGGGCUGCUUGCGAUGCUUGGGUAACCCAGAAAGUGGAAGACAGAUCAGGAGUACACACCCCAGUCUAUCUCCUGUACAACGCCUAUAUCAAAGAUAACCCAGAUGAUUAUAUGGACAUAGGACAGUUUGGCAAAGUGCUGAGGUCAAGAUUCCCAUACAGAAAGCGACGCCGAGGCAAACAGGGCCAACAGGUGUAUGUGUAUCAAGAUGUCGCUCUGAAACAGCACCCCAGUCCAGGCGAAGAUGCAGAGACAAAAUCUGACGAGAAAAACAGUCAUGGCUCCACACAAGUGGAGUCUGGAGCUGGACCAUCUAUAGUUGUGGGGAAUAUUGCUGGUGGAAGACUCCUGCCAUCUUCAAGGGGAGUGAAAGACACUGCUGUUGACAUUGCAAGUGACGCUGCCCAGCGUUCAAGUCUCAAAAGACAGAAGGUUAGCCUUGGAAGUGACUACGAGAUUCAAGACCCAAAGGCGGAGUUUGGUCACUCCUCCUCAGGUGAUGAAAAGUAUGGAAAUACAAGUCUGUGCAGGAUGGCCGUUGGUCGGCGUUGGAUAGAUGCCAAUUUGUCAUAUGUGCCAGGACAUGACACAUAUGCCGAUGAGGUUUUGCAGGCAUAUCUUGAAGAUCAUCCAAAAGAACCCUUAACUUAUACAAGUUUGGCGCUACUUAUCAGAGGGAAGUAUCCAGGAAGAAGGAAAAAGGUCAACGUUGGUCAAAUGGUAAAGUUUGUUUACAAGGAUUUAAAGCUCAGUAAAGCCACUAAGGAGGAACCCGUUUCAGUUUCUGAAGCCGAUUCAAAUACGCACGAAAAUUUAUCAUUUGUACCUGUGAAGAAUCUACAACCCCAUAGAGUAACGGGAAAGACUACAGAGCGAAGAGUUCCAUCACCCUCAGGCAAUCAUAGUGAACAGUACAAUUAUCAUAACCCUCCUACCACUCCAACAACCGUAGCAGGAUCAUAUUCAUUUUUAAUAGCUGAUAAACCCAGUUUAAAAGACCUACAGAUGAAUGCAUUAAGACCCUCGGUGAUUGCAGGCGUUGUUCCCAGCACAUCAUACCAAGUACCAGGAGGUCUUGAUUUGUCAAAAAGUCAUAGGUUUAUCAAAAGGUUGCCACCAUCCACUAGUCAUCAAGUUCGCAGUCCACCAUUAACAUUCGAUGCAAGGAUGGCAGGGAACAGCAGGGAAGAGUUGAUGGCAAAUGCAAAAUUAAUGACUGCUACAGACGCAGCGAGAAGCCAAGAAGACAUGAAUGUCAGUGAAUAUCUUGAGAAUGAACUCCUGGAGAUUAAUGACCUGAACAAAAGGGGACCAAAUUAUACAGUCUCUAUACAAGUGCCUGGCAGAGUCCAAGUAACUGCACAUGAAGUUAACCCUUCCUUUAGACGAGACUCUUCGUCAGUAGAGAGUGAAGACAGUGCCUGCAGAGGGAAAGCCAAAGUUAAUCCUAUGCUUAGUAAUCACCCAAAAUACCGGAAAUUCUCUAUUCCAGAAUCUGAUGUCAGAAUUUUACAAGAUUAUCCAGUGGAAACAAAACCUCUAUCUCCUUUAAGCAGCCCUCCUCUCAGCAGUCCAUUGAUACCAGUAUCUGUAAGUGACAUGACACGUGAAGACAGAGUAGGUCGUAAAAGGAGCUGGGAUUAUGCCACUCACAGAAGUGUGAGCCCAGAUCCUCACAGAAGUUGGGAUUACAAUCUUCGUAAAAGUUUAAGCCCUGAACUUCCCAGGAACUGGAGUUAUGGAGUGCCAGAAGGUAGUUAUUCCAGUUCUUUGGAGAUUUUAGGAAGUGAUGAGCUGUACUCUAGAGAGGUCACUAAACUGGGAGAUAACAGUAGACUGAAGGGUUUACCAAGAGAAAGAGUAGAACCCAGCCUGCAAGCAAUUCAGGAUUUCAAUGAGAAGAGCAGAGCGGCCACUGGUAAAGCAGACGAAGUAGCCUUGAGGGCUAUUAGUUCUCCUAUGAAUAGUCUGUCCAUUGCAGAAAAUGGAUAUGCUAAUGCAAAUAGUUCCAAAGGUAGUAGUGGUUCCCCUACUUCAUCUUCUCCACCUGGUGCUGCAAUGCAUCGCCUAGCCGAAGAAAUAAUCACUUCCAGCCCCCAGGUCGGUGAACCAUCUCAACAAUCCAUGAUUUGGUCGCCAUCUUCCACUCUGGAGAGAAGUAGAUUGUCUGGUAGCACACUCGAUAGUCAUUUUAAAGAGGCCAUUAAAUCAGUCAUCUCAGCAGCAAAGGAAAUUCCCAUGACUGCGGGACAUUUAAUUGAAACUAAUUUGAUCAUGAGAAGAAUGGAAAGUGCUAUUAUCAAAGAAAAUCCAGCCAUUUCUUAUGACGAGCAGCAAACUUAUGAGGCUUUCUCUUGCAGUGCUACUUCCGCUCUUAAAGAUCUUGAGCUCAAUUCCCCCGAACACAUCAUUGAGCUCAUUCGUCACCAUCAGUCAUGUUCUGGAGUCGGUUGCACCACAGAGUGCCACACGCUCCGCGCCGCUUAUGUGCACUUGGUUAUUUUUCGGCACAAGUGCAGCGUUUGGGAUUCAUUCUGCAAAAUUAUUGCGAAGCAUUCCAGAAGGUGCCGAAUUCUCUCGUGUGAUGUUGAAUUCUGCCAUUUUGUCAAGCAUGAACUACACCUGAAUGGGAUUUCCGUCCUACCCAUGCAGUUGCUCAAGGAACGUCCCUCAUUAGAGGAAGCAUUCAGGAGGUGUGAGGAAAUGGGACCGCAUGACGGAGAGCUCCACUGCUGCCACUUUCCGGCCCCCAAGUUGCCCCUCUUCAGCUCUCCUUCUAGGCAACUGGAAGAAGGACAGUCCUGCUCUGAUAGCCAGCAGACUUCUGUCUUGUCCCAGACCAUCGUUUCUGCCUUUCCAGAUACCCCGGCUGGGAACGCAGUGGGCAUGCAAGUUGUCAAGACCCUAAAUCUCCUGAGGGACCUGUUUAAAAAGUUUCCUGACGUCAGGUGAUUACUUGGGUGAAUAUUCGAAGUACUGCGAUACAGCUUCUUCGCGAAGCACUCUGAUUUAGCUUCUUUGCUGCCAAAGAAGCCCAGAAUAGUUAAGGAAUGAAACCUUACUAUUGUGGUAUACAGGCACAGCAUGUGGUCGAUGUGUUAUUGAUGAAAAUUAAUAAUGUAAGUGUGUUGGUGAUCUGAAUGCUGUGUCUGCUUGACCAAAUGACUAAGGUUAGAAGGAAGUUAUUGUGAAAAAUGAUUACAAAUCCAGGUGUUUACUUCAGAGCCUGCGGAAUAAAUCUCUAUGCGAACGGAUGAUUUAAAGAUAUCAAAAAGUGAAAGCAUGCAAAUAUAUAACUAUAUAUUUUUUAAUUAAAAGGAAAAAUCGUGAAAGCAGUGUUAUAUUUCUGUUUCAGUGUAUGAUAAAGAUGUGUAAAUAUCUGAUUUUUAUAUUUUUGCAAAAUAUGUAUACGGUAUCACACCCGCACGCCGAAACAAUGAGUCCAGCUGUUGUUAAUUAUUGUAAAAUUGUUAAUGGCAAUUUAUUUUUCAAUGUUACUUUAUCUCAGAUGAUUUAUAUUAAUUUAUUUACCUUUAGCCCUUGUGUUCUUGCAAGCGGGAAGCGUUUGCGAAAUACUAUCCUUACUGUUAUACCAAAGAAAUUUAUUAAAAAAGUGUUGCUAUCCUAAUUAGCUCAUGUACAAAUGGAACUUAUUUUGAUAUUUAAUUUAUAUGCAUUUUAUAUAUGAAAUAAAAUUCAAUGGAAGAAAA